AUGAAUAAUUCAAGAUAUUUAGGUGAAUGUGAUUUUGGUCGUUAUUCAUUUUCCAUAGAAACAGGUUUAUGGAAUGCAUUUAUUCAACGUCGAAAAAAAGAUAUGAAAAAUGCAACUAUUCUUGUUAGUGCAAUACAAGUUCAAUAUCGUCAAAGUAUUAAAUUAGGUGAAAAAUUUCAAAUAGUAAUACGUAUUAAUGGAUGGGAUGAUAAAGCAUUUUAUUUUGAACAAUCAAUGAUUAUGAAUAAAAAUCUUCAGCCUGCUUUUUCGUUAUUAAUUCGAAUUGCUUUUCUUCCACGUUCUCUUACACCACAAAUGUUAGUUGAUGAUCUUUAUUUUGGAUCAAUUCAAUCACCUAAACUUUCACCAACUGUUAAAAAUUUUAGAUAA